AUGUGUAGGGCCUUCCCUAUCACGCUGAAAGACCUCGUAAGGAUAUGGUCCAGCAAGCUGACGGCCAACUCCAUUAGCUCCUUCAAGGAGUUGAGCGCCCAAUUCGCUUCGCACUUCAUUGGAGGGCACAAAUACAAGAAGUCUACUACAUGUCUGAUGAACAUUAAGCAGCUGGAAGACGAGACGUUGAGGUCCUGCAUAACCCGUUUCAAUAAGAAGGCCCUCUCAACUGACGAAGCAGAUGACAAGAUACUCGUAGCAGCAAUCACUAAUGGGUUACAGAUGGGUAAGUUUCUAUUUUCUCUAUACAAGAACGAUCCCAAGACCAUGUCGAAUGUGCUUUACAGGGCCACCAAAUAUAUGAACGCGGAAGACGCAUUGCUGGCUCGUGAGAAAAAGCCCAAAAAAAGGGAAAGACAGGAGGACACACGGCAGGAUAGGGGGCGAAAAAUGGCUAGAACCGGAGAACGACAGGAUGAUAGACGCUUCAAACCCCCCACUGAGAAGUUCACAAGUUUCACCCCAUUAACUGCCCCAAUAGAUCAAGUCUUAAUGCAGAUUAAAGACAAAGGAGCCCUAACGUUCCCCGGCAAGCUGAAAGGAGAUCCUAGUAAGAGGCCAAGGGACAAGUACCGCCGCUUCCAUCAAGACCAUUGGCACGACACAGCUGACUGUUACGAUCUGAAAUAG